AUGAGCUUCCCGGCGUCUCGGCCACCGCCCGCUUCCCUCCUCCGCACUCCGGGCCGGGCGCUCUCGAAUUGCAGCGCCGCCCGACUCGGGGAUUUACGGGAGAGCGGGCUCGGCCAAUCACGGGCCGCGCUCGCCUCGGCCACGCCCCCCCCUCCGAGCUCCAUGUGCCUUAUAGCCGCGCAGCAGUGCCUGACUUGGCCAAAGGCGAGCGAGCGCCUCGCCGGGGAGUCGAGAGGGGGAUCCGCUGUCGAUCCGAACCGGGGGUGGGGGGGGGGAAGAACGCGCAGCCCGGUCGGCUGGGGCUCCGAAACCCACCAUCGGGGUUUGCAGCCUAGUUUUGGCCGGUGGAGCCCCCCUCCUGCGGCCGGACCGGCGCCCCGACGGGGUGCGGCUACAUGGCCUCUGGGUUCCCCACGCGGGGAUGCUGGCCCCGCCGCCGCCGCCGCCGCUGAGCCCAGGUCGGGGACCGUCCUCCUCCUCCUCCUCCGGCGGGCGGCAGGCGGUCCCGUCCGCGCGAUGCCCGCGCUGUACAUCGCGGUGGAGCUGCUGAUGGCGGCGCUGGCCAUCGCGGGGAACGUGCUGGUCUGCUGGGCGGUGGCGCUGAACAGUCGGCUGAAGACGGCCACCAACUAUUUCCUGGUCUCGCUGGCCGUGGCCGACGUAGCCGUGGGGCUGCUGGCCAUCCCCUUCGCCGUGACCAUCAGCGUGGGCUUGACCACCGACUUCCACGCCUGCCUCUUCCUGGCUUGCUUCGUGCUGGUUCUGACCCAGAGCUCCAUCUUCAGCCUGCUGGCCGUGGCCGUCGACCGCUACCUGGCCAUCAAGAUCCCGCUUAGAUACAAGAGCCUGGUGACGGGGAAGCGAGCCCGCGGACUCAUCGCCGUCCUCUGGUUCCUCUCCUUCAUCAUCGGCCUGACGCCGCUGAUGGGCUGGAACAGGAUGGAGGUGGUGAAGAACUGCACCAACGAGACAUGGACGCCCAGCGGGAACUGCCUGGUGACCUGCCUCUUCGAGAACGUGGUCCCCAUGAGCUACAUGGUCUACUUCAACUUCUUCGGCUGCGUCCUCCUGCCGCUCUUCAUCAUGCUCUGCAUCUACAUCAAGAUCUUCGCCGUGGCCUGCAAGCAGCUGCGCCAGAUCGAGCUGGUGGGCAACUGCCGGAUGACCCUGCAGAAGGAGGUCAGCGCCGCUAAGUCGCUGGCCAUCAUUGUGGGCCUCUUUGCCCUCUGCUGGCUGCCGCUGCACAUCCUCAACUGCCUGACGCUCUUCUACCCGACGUUCGCGGCGAGCAAGCGCGACUGGAUCAUGUAUUUAACCAUCAUCCUCUCCCACACCAACUCGGUGGUCAACCCCAUCAUUUACGCCUAUCGCAUCCGGGACUUCCGGUACACCUUCCGCAAGAUCCUCUCGCGUUACGUCCUGUGCAAGGACGAGGAUUUUCCCAAAGGGAGCAACGGUGGUGGUGGUGGCGGCGGCGGCGGCAGCUGCCGUCACCUGGCGGCGAACAACCUGAACACAUCGCCCACCUACGUUUGAGGUCGGCGGGACGGACAGUAGAGCUUUGUUCCGUCCCCUUAAUCGUGGCAGGACGCACCGCGCGCCGUCCAGUGGGAAACAAGCUGCCAGGAGGUUCACAAUCAGGUAGUCCUCAGCUUACGACCGUCCCUUACGACUGUAAGUCGUGAUGGUUGGAAAGCGGGGCACCCCUCCCCCCACAUGAUCGGCCUGCUUUUACGACUUUUUUUUUUGUGGGAAGCAGUCAUUAAGCGAAGCAAUCGUUCGUUAAGGGCUGGUUUUGCGAAAUCGUUUUGGGUUUGGGUAGAAAGGUCGUAACAGAGACGCUGCGAAGGGCCGUAUAGGUGAGCCAGUGGACAAGCAUCUAAAAUGAGGCCGUUGUGACUUCAGAACUGGGCCUUCGGUAACCCUGGGGAGGUUUGUUGUAAUUUUGAUUGGUCGUAGGUCAAGGACAAUCUGCGUGACUUCCUGAGAUACGCAGGAGUGUUGGAACAAGAACGGCUCUGCAAGUGCUCGGUUUUGUUUUGAGUGCAAUAGUAUUCCUUGACCUCAGCAAUGGGACGCCAUGCGGACUGCAACUCCCAGAAUUCCCCAGGCAGCAUGUUUAAGAAGGGUGGACUUCAAUCCAUGCUGGCUGGGGGAUUCUGGGAGUUGAAGUCCACAUAUCUUAAAGGAUUCUGGCUGGGGAAUUCUGGGAGUGGAAGUCCAUCCAUCUUAAAACUUGCUGGCUGAAGAAUUCUGGGAUCUGAAGUCCUCCCCUCUUAAAGCAUGCUGACUGGGGAAUUCUGGGAGUUGAAGUCCAUCCACCUUAAAGGAGUCUGGUUGGGGAAUUCUGGAAGUGGAAGUCCAUCCAUCUUAAAACUUGCUGGCUGAAGAAUUCUGGGAUCUGAAGUCCUCCCCUCUUAAAGCAUGCUGACUGGGGAAUUCUGGGAGUUGAAGUCCAUCCACCUUAAAGGAGUCUGGCUGGGGAAUUCUGGGAGUUGAAGUCCAUCCCUCUAAAAGCAUGGCUGGCAGGGGAAUUCUGGGAGUGGAAGUCCACACGAUUUCAUGUUGCUGAGGUUGGGAAACACUGGUGUACAAUUAAAGGGCUUCUCCUGCUACCUGAGCCCUUUGUAUGACGGUGAGAUUUAAUUUACAUUUACUGACUUUUAAUCUUUGCCUCCAUUAGAAGGGCAGGUUUUCGAAACCACGCUGCUCUUUGUGUGUUUGUCUGCCUGUGUGGGUGGGAACUGUUAAAUGUCUUGUGGUCCUUGCCUUGCUCCAAAAAUAAAACCACCGGAGCAAUGGAAUUGAAAUUUAAUACGCGUGAUAAUUUGGUGUUUUUGUAUGAAGCUGUUAACUUUACCCACUGAACUCUUUAUUUUUUU